AUGCGACGCCUGAGGUUCGCACUGGUGUGCGCUUCCAAUCAAAACAGAUCCAUGGAGGCCCACGCACUGCUAGCGAAAGAUGGCUUUGAUGUCAGCUCCUACGGAGUGGGGGGCCAUGUCAAACUGCCGGGACCGGGGCCUAAGCAGCCCAAUGUGUACGACUUUGGGACACCUUACAAGUUUAUGUACGAUGACCUGAUGUCAAAAGACCCCAAGCUAUACACACGGAAUGGACUGCUGAAGAUGCUGCAGCGAAACAUGGAUGUGAAGACAGCUCCUGAACGAUGGCAGGAGCAGAG